CUUCUUCUGCGUGCAUACAUUUACACAUCUGCCUUGUGGAGCGGAACUGAACUGAACUGUGGCUAGACAGAGGAGAGGUUGGUUGGUUAAAGGAGUGGUUGGUUCCUGCUCUUGUUACCGGAGAUUGAGUAGCUCUCUGCUCUCUUCCCCCCCAGUCAGUUAGUCAGUAAGCCUGAAGUUGGACCCCACAGCCACACCAUGAGCGGAAAACGGAAACUGAGUUUAAAGUGGUUUGGGAUUCUCCCUAACUUCUCCUUCCGUCGGAGCUCAUGGUCUGACAAAUCCGACUCCAAGUCCUCCUCCUCCGAGCCUGAUGGGGCUGGGGCUCUGGACGUGGUAUCCUCCCCCAUCGCUGUGGAGACGUUUGUUGACGACAUGGAUAUGAUGCAGCCAUGCACAUCCAGCUCCGCCCGCUCCAGCGACAACUACACCCACAUGGGCACCUUUCCCCGCUUCCUCCUCAGGAAGAGAGACAAGAGUGGGAAUUCUGGGAAAAGAGGGACCAAGAAGAUCAAGGAGAAGACAGGGGCAAGGCUGGGCAGGAGUCAGAGCCAGCGGCCGGCAGGCGACCAUGCGUGUAGGUCUCCCCUGCUCAUGGCACAAUCCAGCCGGCCUGGCUCCAGAAAGGACCAGCCUCUCUCACCUAUAUCCAGCCAGGCUGGUCCUGGUCCAACGCCCCAACGGAACCAAGGGCUGCCUCCCAUCCACAGAGGAUCACUCGAUAGGAAUGAACACGGAGACCCACAGGCCCACUGUGAGGAAGAAGAACCACACCAAGGGCAGCUUAUGUCAGCUCAGGAUGUGGGGUCUACUACCUCUAACGCCCCUCCGCUCACUUGUGAAGACGUCUCCAAAGAACACACAUUCACCACUGAUCAGGGUGCAUCUUCAGAUACAGCUUCAACUGGUGGUGCUAGAAGGAACCUUGCUACUGUUCCUGAGCCAUCUCCAACCCCCAAGCUUCUAAAGAAAACCUUGCAGCAGCCUGGGACCCUUGUCACCCAUCAGAUCGAGGAGAGCCUCCCCAUGAAGAGAGCCGAUAACCUGGGUACAAACAGUAACUCCAGCCCCCUGCCUGAGAGGGCCUCCAGUGGUUCUACUGAUAGAGACCUGGGAGAGGGCCUUCAGAGGGAAAGCCAGGCUGUUAAACCUGCAGACAGUCACAUGGACCAUACAGACAACAAGAGUGAAUAUGUCAAGACCUCUCAGGCGGAAGAAGACAGCCUGGCCCGGCCGGAACUGGACUGGGCUGGCCUGGACUCGACUAGACUAGACUGGCCCGGCCUGGACUGUUUCUCCAAGGAGAAAUACCUGCUGGAGUCUCCACCAGAGAAACUACGCAAGGAGCUGGAGGAGGAGCUGAAACUCUGCAGCAGCGAUAUCAGGAGCCAUGGCUGGUACCAUGGGCACAUCCCUCGAGAGCUAUCGGAGACUGUAGUCCUGCAGAACGGUGAUUUCCUGAUCCGGGAUUCGCUGAUUAACAUGGGCGACUACGUCCUAACGACCCGCUGGAACCACGAGGUUCUGCAUUUUAAGAUCACCAAGGUCCUGGUCAAGUCCAGCACUGAGUCGAAGGUCCAGUACCUGUUAGAGACGGACAGCUUCGACUCCAUACCUGAACUGGUGAGGUUCUACGUGGCCGGGCGGCGGCCUGUCUCCCAGCCCAGUGGAGCCCAGAUCUACUGUCCAAUCAUACGCACCCUACCCCUGCGCUACCUGGAGGCCACAUUUGCCUUAGCCAAUAGCAGGCACAGCCUGGCCCACUCACCGUCCAGUCAGAGAGGAGCGUACAUCAAGAGGCGGAGCGUAACCAUGAACGACGGAUUGACCACAGAGAAGCUGAUACCUCACAGUGAUGUGGAGUCCAUCAGUCCAGUGGAACCACCAGUUCUCCCAGUACCAGUCCCAGUAGCUACACCCGUACCAGUGGUACCAAAGCCAGAAGUGAAAGCUGCUGUCGUGGGGUGCAGGUGCCCUUCUACUAUUCACAACCACAAGGAUGCGAUGAGGAACUGUGCCAUGAGUAUGGAUCAGAUCCAGGAGUAUCGCUGUCCCCUGUCUCCGGUAGGAGAAACACCUCUCUCCCCAGCAUACAGCCACAUCCACAGACACAGAACCCAGUCAGGGGGUAGAGUUCUGGCAGUGGUGCCCCCCUCACCAGUCCUGAGACGCUCCAGCGAGCCCCAGCUCAGCCCUGGCUCCAACAACAACCUACCCGACAUGCUAGCUGCCAGCUCCCACUCCACCCCGGCCCACUGCUCCUGCCCAGCCCCAGCAGGGGGCUCUGAAACAGAGGGAAGCUACUGCGACCUCAGGCCCUCCCCGGCCCCAUGUCCCGGGGCUCCAUGUGCCGCUGGCAUGCCCCCCACACCUCCAGCUAAGAGCUAUGUGGAGCGGCUGCGUGUGGAGGAGGGCCGAGGGCCUGCCCCGGGGAGGGAGAACGGAGCAGGGGCUGGGGGAGAGGCGUUCAGCGCCCCCCUGGUGGAGACUGCCUCCUCCUUCAGACCAGGGAAGUACCUGUCACCCCUGAUCCCCCAGGAGAACAAGCCCUUAGAGAUGAGCGUACUGAAGAGAGUCAAGGAGUUGUUGGCUGAGGUGGACGCUAGGACGGCUGCUAAACACAUCACAAUGGCUGACUGCAAGGUUGCUAGGAUACUGGGCGUUACCAAGGAGAUGCAGAGGAUGAUGGGAGUAGGUUCAGGACUGGAGCUUUUGACUCUACCUCACGGACAUCAGCUGAGACUGGACCUACUGGAGAGGUUCUACACCAUGUCUAUAAUGAUGGCUGUGGACCUGCUGGGGUGUACAGGCAGUACAGAGGAGAGGGCUGCUCUGCUCCAUAAGACCAUCCAGCUGGCUGCUGAACUCAAGAGCAACCUGGGGAACAUGUUCGGCUUUGCUGCUGUGAUGAGAGCACUGGAGCUGCCACAGAUUUCUCGCUUGGAGCAGACGUGGAUGACGUUGCGUCAGAGACACACAGAGGGAGCCAUACUCUAUGAGAAGAAGCUCAAGCCCUUCAUGAAGAACAUGAACGAUGGCAAAGAGAGCAGUGUGCUGUCCAACACGUCCUUCCCUCACGUGGUUCCUCUGCUGUCUCUGUUGGAGAAGGGUGUGGCCUUGGGGGAGGGGCCAGGGGCGGGGAUAGAAUCCUGGGAGAACGUGGAGGCGGGCGUUGAUGUUGUGAUGUCACACCUGGAGGCGGCCCGGACCAUCGCUCACCACGGGGUGCUGUACCGCACCAACGCUGAGACCAAACUACAAGGCUUCCAGGAGAGUCAGGAAGUUCUGGAGAUCUUCCGGACAGAGUUCCAGAUGAGGUUGCUAUGGGGAAGCAGGGGUUCGGAGGGCAGCCAAUCGGAACGCUAUGAGAAGUUCAACAAAGUCCUGACCGCUCUGUCUCACAAGCUGGAGCCUCCUGUACGCCACAGCGAACUAUAGCACCCAUCUCACUGAACACCCCUAUACAAAGCACCCCGCUCACAUUGGUACGACCUGCCUCCCCAUACUGCAAGGCACCUUGAUGUGGAUGUCCAAAGUGAAUAAGAGGGGAGGAGGCCGACUAAACAGAGACAAAAGAGUGUACUUAGAGAAGACAGGAGGCGAGAAGGAGCAUCUCACUGUAUAUCCCAAAAAAAGGCACAAAGGGCUUUUUCAGAGUUCUUCAAUGGGCUGUAAUAUUUCCCUCCCUAAAUGCUGAAAGACAGAGUGGGUCGAGGAGGAGUGGGAAAUUGGGUAUUCUUCUACCCAUCAGCAAGCUACAAAGAACUACAGGUAUGGUGUGCGCUGAGGGUCAAACAGUGCAUGAGAGGUUGGAUGUAGCUGUUCUCUGGUAGAUCACAUGAAGCUCUGAUCUGUCUUCAACACCUUCAUUAUUACCUGUACUAUUACAUCUGUACUGACUGGCUCAUUGUCGCACACUGUUCUGUCAGAGUAAUAGUAAACACUGUGUGUGUGUGUUCUGUCUGACUUGAAGAGACAGUCCUAUUUAACACAACGCGUGUGUACUUCAGGACACCAGUACCACAGAGAUACGUCGGCAUCUAUCUCAUGACCUCUGACCUGUCUCAUCGGACCUCAGCUUUAGACUGAGAGGUUGUGUGUUCUAGAAUCUGUUCUUCUUGUAUAGACUCUCUAUGUGGCUGCCAUUCAUUCAUCACAUAGUCCAUCAGGUCCCCUGUUGAUGACACACGCAGUGUGCUCAUACAGACAGACACUUAUCUGCCCCACAACACACAAUAACAUAUGUUGCCAAAUCAUAUCAGCUGUUUGAGGCAUACUAAGCAAUUCUCUCUGUGGGUUUUGUUUGUGUGCUGUUCAGAAGCAGUUCUCUUAUUGAGGCUCUUCUGAGAAGCACCCCUCUCCUCAUUUCUGGCAUGUCAUUAAUUUUUCAUAUGACUCUGAUUUUGUUUGAGUACUGUUUGGUAGCCUUUAUUUGAAUAGGGGCUAUUUUGGGAAGCAUUCCUCUCCCUCUCCUCUCCUUAUUUCUGGCAUGCCAUUAAUGCAUAAUGUCUCCUGUCCCAUUUACAUCAUAUGAGCAUGUUUGCUUGUCCUCACUUGUCACAAAACACACCAUUAGAAAUAUUCUUAAAGCACUCUGACCUGUUUGUGUGAAUUAAUGUGCUUCAGGCACAUUUGUUUUUCCAUGUAAAAACACUGACUACUAUUUUCUUCAACUUUAUUUAGAUUACAUUUUUCUGUGUGAUUAUAUUGCUGACCGGCAGCUUUUGUUGACAUGGUGACAUGUUUGAAGACUUUGUUGACAUGGUAACAUAACAUGUUUGAGCCUCUGCUGUUGCCGUAUAGGAUUCAGGUUUUAACCGGUGUGAAUGAAUGCGCUUUAGUCUGAAAGUGAUCAGAAUGUUCUCAGGGCAGAAUGGAGGCCCCCUCAGACCUAGCCUGGUCCCAGACCUGUUUGUGCUGUCUUCUUGCCAACUUCUCUGGUCAUUGUCAGCCAAAGAAACAAUACGAGAUUGCAAAACAACAUAAAUAGAUUUGGGAUCAGGCUACCUCAGACCCCCUCAGUGACUGUAUGAUGUGUUUUUGCUUUGUAUGUAUGAUAACAUGUGUUUGAUAUGAUAUGGACGGAGUGUUGAAAAGGACAUUAGAUUUUAAAACCAUCAAAAGCGUUUUUGAUUUCACAUUCACUGUUAAGAUCGUGUGAUUUUUUUCACUCACUCAAAUUCAUGAAAUGGUCUCUUUAAAUUGUAUUGUUGCUAAAAUGCAACAUCAACAUGAGGGCUUAAAGGAAUCUGUCAACUUCCUUGGAACUAAAUACAGUGUGACCUUUGACCUUUUGAUCAAAUAAUACCUGGCAGCCUUUCCUCUGCCGACUCCUAAGCAGUGUUGUGUUGAAACACAAAAGCACUAUGAAUGAAGAUAAGGAUGAUUUAUUUUAGAUCUGUUUGUUGAAGUGUCAGUGUCUGCUGAUUGAUUUCCAAUCCAUGAUGUAUUUAGGCCUGAGAUAGAGAGCUGACUCUCAGAACUAUGCAAUCACUUUAAAUCAAUUAAGAGUCCCAUAGAAAACAAGCAGAGUAGACACUGCUGCCCCCGAGGAUGUGAGUUGUGUACUACUGGGAACAAUCCACUUGAACACCCCUCUAACUGGUGUACUACUGGGAAACUCGUCUAUCAUCCCUGAGCUACAACUUCUCCCACAUGCUGACCUCUGACGUCACCUAAGAAAAUGACCUUGAUAACAGCAUUUGACAGUUCAAUGCGACAACAAAACAAUUUAUAAAAAGCAAUCAAUUAAUAUGGGUUUUGAACACUAUAAUGGGUUUACAAGCAUGAUAGCUGUACUUUUAGUUUAUGGUUGAGCCAAUCAGCAUUUCUCAAUGAGUUCAAAGCACGUGAAUGCAUCCAACUGGUAUUUAUGACUUCACAACUGGUAAUAACCACCUUCCUACUUGGUUAUGAAUGCAGCAUAAGUGCCAGCCAGCCAGAAAGUGCAUCCCAGGUCGUAUUCAUAAGGCACGGGGAUGGAUUAUCAAUUUUUUUUUCUGUUGCAAAACGUUUUGCUACAGUGUGCCCUAGUGAACACGACCCCAAUCAGCCAGUGAGAAUAAAGGGGAGAGCCACAAAGUCCAAUUGCCUCUCUUGUCCAGUAGAGGACACUAUAGUUCAGUCAGCAAACAAAAUAAAAAUAAAAAAGGCAUCUUGAUUUGAAUCUUUUUUUUAGUGUUUUUGCGAUUUAUUAAUAAAGCCUACUGGUUUAGGAACGAUUUGAUGAUGUUCUGUAUGUAAUUAUGUUUGUCUCACCUUAUGUUGUACAGAUUACAUGUGUGCUUUUUUCCUGUUGUAAAUAGUCAUUCUGAAAUGAUGAACCUAUAAAGAAAAAGGACAAAAAACUCCCAUGUUUGUGACCCCAUGUUUUUUUUAUGUACUGUGCAUAACGGUUCACUUUGUUUUUCAAAUAAAAUAAAGCUCGAGUCAA